GUCGCAUUUUUAUUGCGUCAUCUUUAAGCUCGCGAGUGUGGCUGCAGACAACCGAUAAGCCACACGUUUUCGAGUUUAAUUAAAGUUUUUAGGAACUAUCCAUUAUUAUUUCACCCCGUACGAUGUCUUCACUUCUUAAGGUGGACAAUGAACUCAAAACUAAGGUUGAUUCUUUCAGAGAACGUAUCACAGCAGAGGCAGAGGAUCUAGUGGCAAAUUUUUUCCCCAAGAAAUUACUUGAGCUUGAUCACUUUUUAAAGGACCCCAUCAUCAACAUUACAGAACUGAAGGAGAUUCAUGCAGAAAUAAACAUCACAGUGCCAGAUCCAAUAUUGUUGCCAAACCUUCAUGACGGUCUCGAGGCGCAAAAUGCAAAAAAGCGGAAGCUGGAUGAUGGAGGAGGGGAUGACAUGAUGACUGGCACCAAGGUCUUUGUUAUGCCUGGUGGCAUGAUGAAGAGCAACUCUAACCUUGUUGAUCUUAUAGAGAAAGUCAAGCCUGAAAUCAGGACACUCAUUGAGAAAUGUAACACCGUCAAAAUGUGGGUUCAGCUUCUCAUUCCAAGGAUAGAAGACGGCAACAACUUUGGAGUAUCAAUUCAGGAGGAGACAGUAGCUGAGCUCCGAACAGUUGAAGGGGAAGCAGCAUCCUACCUCGACCAAAUAUCAAGAUAUUACAUCACAAGGGCAAAGCUUGUUUCCAAAAUAGCAAAAUAUCCUCAUGUUGAGGACUACCGGCGCACAGUUACUGAAAUUGAUGAGAAGGAAUACAUCAGUCUGAAGAUUAUAGUAUCAGAGCUCAGAAACCAAUAUGUAACGUUGCACGACAUGAUUCUGAAAAACAUUGAAAAGAUCAAGAGGCCUCGGAGCAGUAACACGGAUGCGUUGUACUAAUGUUGAUCCAGCCGUUCCCAACCUCCUACAUUUCCCAUCAUGCCUCUACAACUGUCGUCAGUUACCUCUGUUCUUGGCCUGGAUCCCCAGUACAAUCAGCACUUACAAUACUGUCAAAAAUGGACACAUAACUCAUUCAUGUUUUGUUUUAAAUGUAAAAUAUGUUUCUUUUAAGCCCUUUAAAGACGUAAUUGUCCUCUCAUUAAACAGAGGUUAGGUCAUAGACGCAAGUGCGAUGUAUUUUUUAAUUUUAAUUAAACAUUUCUCCUCAA